AUGUUACACUGGCCGUUUAAAUUGCUCAAUAAAACUGGGCGUCCAACUAUUGAAGUUGAAUUCCAAGGAGAAAAGAAGACCUUUCUUCCUGAAGAAAUUUCUUCAAUGGUUCUUACAAAAAUGAAGCAAACGGCCGAAGCUUAUCUUGGCCAUCCUGUUCGAGAUGCCGUUGUCACUGUUCCAGCUUAUUUUAACGACGGACAGCGUCAAGCAACUAAAGAUGCUGGUCAGAUUGCCGGACUCAACGUAUUGCGAAUUAUAAAUGAACCGACGGCGGCUGCUUUGGCUUACGGAUUGGAUAAGAAAAUGAGGGGGGAUCAGGUGGGGAAUUUUCUGGAAAAUUUUCGAAAAAAAUUUCAAAAAUUUUCUCCGCUUCAGAAUAUUCUCAUUUUCGACCUUGGCGGUGGUACUUUCGACGUUUCCGUGUUGUCGAUUGCUGAAGGUUCCUUGUUUGAAGUUAAAUCAACCGCUGGCGAUACACACUUGGGAGGGGAGGAUUUUGAUAAUUUGCUUGUUGAGCACUUUAAACAAGAAUUCAAGCGUAAACAAGGUCGUGACAUUAGUAACAACCCCCGUGCUCUUCGCCGUUUGAGAACGGCAGCGGAACGUGCUAAGCGCACUUUGAGUAGUUCAACUGAGGCUACUUUGGAAGUCGACUCUCUUUUUGAAGGAAUUGAUUUCCACACUAAAAUUAGCCGAGCUCGUUUUGAGGAGCUUUGCACUCCGUUGUUUAAGAAGACAUUGGAGCCUGUUGAACAAGCUUUGAGAGAUGCCCGCCUUGACAAGAGCAAAAUUGACGAGAUUGUAAUGGUUGGGGGUUCAACACGUAUUCCCAAAGUUCAGAAAUUGUUGCGGGAAUUCUUCCACGAUAGAGAGUUGAAUCUCUCUAUUAACCCUGAUGAGGCAGUUGCUUAUGGGGCUGCGGUACAAGCGGCUAUUUUGUCUGGGGUUCGGGAUGAAACAACAAAGGAUGUUCUUCUCGUUGACGUUACUCCACUUUCUUUGGGAAUAGAAACGGCUGGGGGUGUGAUGACCAAACUUGUUGAACGCAACGCUACAAUUCCUCACAAAACCUCACAAACAUUUACUACUUAUGCUGAUAAUCAGCCGGCUGUUACUAUUCAAGUUUAUGAAGGAGAAAGAGCUUUGACUAAGGACAACAACCUUUUGGGACGUUUCGAUCUUUACGGCAUCCCUCCAGCCCCUCGAGGCGUUCCCCAAAUUGAAGUUACUUUUGAUUUGGAUGUUAACGGGAUUUUGCAUGUUUCUGCAUUGGACAAAUCAACAGGGAAAUCUAAUCGAAUCCAAAUUAAAAAUGAAAAGGGGCGGCUUAGCCAAUCAGAAAUUCAACGAAUGCUUGACGAGGCAAAGCGUUUUGAGGCUGAAGAUGCGAAACAACGGGAAAGGGUUGAUUCUCGCAAUAAAUUGGAGCAAUAUUUGUAUCAGGUCAAAAAUAGUUUGGAGGAUUAUGGAGACAAACUUCCCCAGGCUGAUCGUGAUCAAGCCAAGGAAGUUGUUGAUAAGACUUUGCGUUGGUUGGAUUCUAAUCAGACGGCGGAAAAGGACGAAUAUGACGAUCAGUUGAAAGAAUCACAACGAGUUUUGUCCAAAAUUAUGGCCAAGCUUCAUCAAGGAGGGGGUGGUGGAGCUCCUCAAGGAGGCGGAGGUGCAAAUUAUGGCAACUAUGCAAAUGCUGGGGGUCCUAAAGUUGAGGAAGUUGAUUGA